AAUCCUUUGUAGGCUUUAUUACCGUUGCAAGAAACUGAUAAUAGCAAGAUUACGUCAUUCAAUUGUAAGGUCUCUAAUCUUUAAAUGGGUUGAUCUGGAUUUUCAUAAGCUGCGUUCAAGAAAUCCUAGUAAGCUGCUAAUGGCUCAAUUUCACACCAAAUCAAAGAAGUUAUCGGACUAACAUUAAUCAUUUUCAACGCUUAUGUAACAUUUUUUGACGUGCGUAAUCCCAGAUCCACCUAAUGCUAAUAAUAUGUAGAAAUUCCCUGAUUGUCAGCUUCCAGUAGAAAAAUACGUUCAGCCACAAGGAACAGGAUUGAUUUGAUUCUGUUUGGAAAGACCAAAUCAGUCAGAGCAAAGAUAAGGCAAAACAAUUUAAAAUGUUGACAAUGUUCAUCCCAUGUUAUGCGCGAUGAGGCGCUUUUGAGACGGGAGAUUAGACAAAUGAGAUUUCAGCUUUGAUCCGACAAAUAUCAUAAUCACUGGAGUGGAAACAAUCAUGGGAAGAGGAAGAUUCAAAAGUAAAAGAAUCAUCAAGUGCUGCAACGUCGCCGGAAUCGUCAUUCUUGUCGUGUUACUGUCUCAGACGAUGAUUCAGUUCGUUCAAUUCCUCACUUAUGACGAACCCCUUCCAAUCAAUGAGUCUUACCAUUACCCCAUUGACCUCCAAAAAGAACCCUGUGAUAAAAGUGGGAUGACGCUAUUGACUGUGGUCACCUCGGCUCCAAUGAAUGUCCUAAAUAGAGAAGUCAUUCGAGAGACGUGGGGGCGGGCUAUGAAGGAAAGCAAAUCCAUGAAUAUAAUAUUUUUCUUGGGCAAAGGUGCCAAUGACACUGCAGAAGAAAUCAUCCAGAACGAGAGCGAACUCUUUGGGGACAUCGUUCAAGGAGAUUUCCUUGACUCUUACCGGAAUCUUUCUCUGAAGGGGCUUCAUUUCAUGGAGUGGACGCUGCGGAAUUGUUCACAUAUCAAAUGGAUCCUGAAGGCUGACGAUGAUGUUAUGAUCAAUCCCUACAGUUUUCACAAGUUCCUGCAAAGGAGGAAGCGCCGGGAUACGUCGAUUCAUGGCUUGAUCAUUAAGAAUGGCACCGUCCGUAGAGACUUGGAUGACAAAUGGUACACGACAGAAUUAGAAUUUUCGGAACCUAACUACCCCUCGUAUUGCCAAGGAACAACCUAUUUACUGUCGGCCAGAACUAUUCGUCGACUUCUUGAAGUGCAACGACAAGAUCCAAAGCCACCUUUUGUUUGGGAGGAUAUCUAUUUCACAGGUAUUCUCGCCAAACAAGCUCAUGUGAAGCUUUCGGGAAUGAACUCAAUGAUUAGACUGGAUUACCAUCCACCCAUCAGAAAGGGGUGGUACUUUGUCGGAACUCAUAACCUGAGUCAGGCCAACCUCAAGAAUGGAUCUCAAAUAAUUUGGAACUCAAUGAGAAAUUAUACCAGCUUACCAACAAUUUAGCAAAUGACUUUGGGUUUGAACUUACUUGGUAUCUGAUCGCAUCACGAGAUUACUCAUGUCAAAAAAAAACUAUUGCUUCCAUUUAUAUGCGCAUUUUUCAAGAGGUGUUCCUACUCUCUGAAGGCCUUCCAAAGAAGGUAGAGACAAGGGAAGAUGGCCCACGAACAUAGCAAGUGGUCCAUGUUUUUAUAUCGUCGCUAUGCAACUAUGCAAACAAAUGCAUACCAUGGAAUGAAUUAUGAUCACACGGUGACCUUAGAAUACCACUGUCAUGUUCAUCUAAAAAUUUUGGAAUUAAAUGUUUUAACUUAU